GCCCUUCGCAAAGUGCGGCGACCCUGAGGACCCGCUCGAAAAACCGGUGUAUCUGCGAAGAAGCCUCACGAUCUAAACAGAUCGAACCCGAAAGCGACGGCGAGCAAGAGUUCGCCCCUCCGACCUGGCUUUUAUCUUUUAAAAGGCUGAAGAAGAGGGAGAGUAGGCGAGAGCCGUGGCAAAGGCUCGGCAAAGAACAUGGUUGUUGGUGGGGAGGAGACACCGAUCGUGCAUGCCACCGACCACAGUUUGAAAGCAACCUCCGUCAUGAUCGCGUCAGCUGGCUUCUAGUUGCCCCACCUCUUCGGAUACGCGUGUUUGGACUUCUUCGUGGCUGACUGCUCGAUCCAGUGGCCGCUUCUGUCGAUUACCGAGUUUAUGAGCGAACAGAUAGUCGAGGGACAGAUGUAACCAGAUUCAGCGAGGAGGAUCGAACAGUCAGGUCGAUGAAAGUGCGCGCCAGGUACGAGUAACGGUGUGUCGUGAACGAUGUGAAGACCGAGCAAGAUCGAAGACGAUCUUGAUCGUCGAACCUGACCUUCCAGGAGGAUCCAAGAUGAACGCGAGAAGAAGAGUGUUCAGUGGCCUGCACGGGCUAAAGUGUGAUCGUGCGAUCGUAUGGUCGGUGUUUCUGUGGUGUCUACUGUUUCUGCCUGGUGGGGUCGAGAGUGCACCGCCCGGGAUAUGCGCGAUGGACGGGUGCAACUGCACCGUCAAGGCACACCGUUGGAUUAACGUCAAGUGCGUCUUCUCCAGAGAUCAGGACGUAGAACUGCUCGAAGGGACCAUUCCAUCGGACGUGAUGGAAGUAGAAGUCUCCCACUGCCGAGUGUUAAGGAUCCAAUCAGGCGCGUUCGCGGAUGGUUCACCGGUGAAACGAGUCCACGUCUCAGGGAUUUACAGUCUGGUAGCCAAAAGACAGGCCUUUCUGAAUCUAAGCGCACCCAACACGCAUCUGGAGGUGUCCGAGUGCGACAGCGUGAUUCUGGAGAGUCACGCGUUCAGGAAUUCACGGGGGACCCUCAGCGUCUCGAUAUCCAGGUGCAGACACGUCGGCAUCAAACCGAACGCGUUCUCCAGGCUGCUUCUGAUCACCGUCAGAGAAGUACCCACCCUGGAGCUGUCCAGCAACGCGUUCAAACUCGAAGCUUCGCAGCACGGCAGGCAUGGACCAGCGACCAAGAUUAUGUUCCAAAGCGUGAAAAUCACGGAGUUGCCGACAGCGGUGUUCCCAUCGGCGGUGGCCGAGAUACGUAUGGACGAUAUGUGGACGAAGGUGAUCCGCAAGAACGCGUUCUGCGCCAUGACGAUCUUCAGCGUGACCAUCAGCAACGCUUCCAUACAAGCGAUCGAGACGGGAGCGUUCAGCGACAGGGCGUUAAUCCAAAGCCUCGAAUUUGUCGACGUUAGAUUGAAGAACAUCGAGAGAGGAGCGUUCAGGGCUGGCCACGAUAAUCUCACGAUACAAUAUUCAAGCCUAUCAGAUGUGGAUACGGGAGCCAUCGACAUAUCCGCAGCCACGGUCAGCUUCAACAACAACGAGUUCCAGAGUCUGCACCAGGGUGCCAUCGUGUUGCACCAGUGGAACCACAUAGCCAUCGAUUACAAUCUGUUCGUGGACCUAGAGACGGACGCGAUCAGCGCCGAGGUGGACGCCACAUCGGCCCCGAACUUCGAGUUCUCCUUCACCGGGAACCAGAUACAGAAAGCUCGGUCAGGAUCUCUGAAAUUCGCAGCGAUCUCUCAACGAGUGAACACCGCCCGCGUGGGCAACAACUACUUCAAGGAGAAGUGUAACUGCAACCUGGAGAGUUGGAUACGGGACGUGACGGGCAAGAACAGCUCCGUGUCGUGGAUGAUGGACUCGAGCUACUGCGUCGUCGACCAUUCGCUAGACACGUGUUUCAAUUUACCUCAGGGUUAUAUGUCCAUGGGGAACUUUACGAAGAUCUUUUGCAUGCCUGGGAAUCACAUCAACUGCGAGAAGCCGUCCGCGAAACCGGAGUCGAGUGCCAGCCCACCCAGCGUCGGUCCACACGUAUAUCCCGGACACAAGGGAUACUUGGACGUGGAGAUGAGCGACUCGGAACAACUGCAACGCGAGAAGAGGAUCAUCGUGGUGAUCUGUGUGAUAGCCGUGUUGAUAAUGCUGGUGAGCUUCAGCUCCGGGGUUCUGUACAUACGAAGAAACGGCGUGUGUCCGAAGUUAACAUCCGGACACCUGAUGAACCUCGCCAGCUGGCUGUCGCCGAGUAGCGGAAUGACGGCCGCCACCUCUGCCAGGUCGAUUUCGAGGUUAAGCGUGCACGAGUACGCGGGUCUCCAGCCGGAGACCAGGAUUCUGGAGGUGGAGACGCAGCCCGAAGCAGCGGAAGAGGACGAGGAAGCCGAAGGACUGUAUCCCUAUACCGAGAACAAGGCGACGCAGACGUUGCCCGAAGAGCUCACUGAGGAAUACCUGAGGGAUCUCAGAGAGAGGCUCAACGAUCCUGACAAUUACAACCAGGCGAGGGAUAUGAUCGAACAUCUGUACGAUCUGAUCAAGGUGGAGGAGAGUUGCAACAACAACAACGACAGGCAACCGUCCGCCAGGGAAGAGAACGCUUACGACGUGAUCCAGCCGAAGCAGAGGAAGCACAGGGGUCCUCCGAAGCCCUGCGUCAGCGUGGGUACCAAGACGCCUUCUUUGGAGAAGCUGACACCCUCCGGUAUCCAACCCAGACCACCUCUGACCGAGUACACGGAGCCUCGCGAUCAGAGACCCAGCGAACAGAACCACCUCUACGCCGAGCUACCAGGCGACGAGACUGUCCCUAGCACCAGCAGACUCUCCCAGCCCAUCCUGGCUACCCUGGCCGGAAGAGCACCGCAACCUUUACCUCCGGACGUGGUGAACGACCACCUGAUCAACGACCGCUCGAGCCAGAUGUUCGGCAGCCUGAAGACCGGCAACCACAGGCCCCCCGAGAGCCCCAAGCUCGAGUCCAGAAAUCAUGGCCGUCCAAUGAGCUUCCUCAAGGCUCUGGGCGAGAGUAUCCUAGGGACCUCGAAGACCAACAACAAGAGGCCCAACUCCUUACUCUGCGAGUACGCCGAACCGUCCGACGCGACCGCUCACCUCUACUCGGAACUACCUGAACCCCAAACAUCGACUCCUGCCGGCAAAAUGGCUAACAGGCCACUGCCCACCAAACCUGACCAAGAUUCCGCGAACUUGGCGAGGUCAUAACGAUGAACUUCGUCGAUUGUCUGUGAUAAUGUGUCGUCAACGACAAGACUGCAGAGAGCUUUCUCUCGAUGUUUUUUUAUUGUUCCUCGGGGAACGACCAAGUGUUGCUGACCAGAUGUUUGUAAUUAAGGUUCCGUGGAGUCGGUGUAGAGGUGAGAUCGAGAGGUGUUGUGCAGGAAAGUGUAAAAAGAUAGGAAAAUUUAAGGACUGAUAUCGUUGUGUCUUUUCUGCUGGUCAAGUGGAGGGGUCCGUGGGACCGCAACGAUCGCGAGGUUUAUUUAGACUUGCCUCCAGAGGCCAUGGAUGUAUCAUAGAUUUCUAUAUAUUUGCUUCGUCAGAUAUCAUUAAAGGAGUAUUUCACAUUC